GAAUUCCCCUGGCGCUUCAGAGAACUCCAAGAAGGGGCGGGGCUUAGGGCGUUCGCAGCCUAGGAAGGCGGGUUCCACUCGCUCUAGUCAGGUGUCGCUACCGGUCUCUGCUUGCGCGUGCGCAAUGCGCAUCUCCCGCAAGGCUGCUUUGUGCUGCAACAUGGAAUUCCGCUCCGCACAGCAAGCAAUUCUGCAGCUGCUUGGUACCGUGACUCCAGCAGACCUCCCAGCCCUGCUGGAGUGGAUGCGAACGACCCGAGAUUUUGACGAGUUCACUCAGGAUAAUAAUGACACUAUGUUGAAAAACAUAGCAGAAGAUCUUCGGAAUUGCUUACCUCUAGAAAGCAUGCUUCCCUCAGAACAUCUAGCCCUUCAAAAAAUACAGCAGCGGCCAGAACCCACAGUUCACGUUGAUGCAUUCCUUUAUGAUGAAGACUUUAUUGAUUCAUUAUGUGAGGAAGGAAAAAUGAGCAGAAACUACUGUAUGGUGUGUGGCUCACACCAGACAGCACCUUUAGGAUUUAUUUCUCAUUCCUUCUCUCUCAUGGAAUUGAAGUUCAUUUAUCAUCACGUACUCCCUGAUCUGUCGGGAAAGCUCUUGGUUGACGUUGGCUCCAGGCUUGGCACAGUCCUUUACGGGGGUUACCUUUACAGUUCAGCAUUGCAACUGUAUGGAGUAGAAUUGAAUGGAGACUUUUGCCAGUUGCAGGAAAUGAUCAUAGAAAAAUACCAGUUUGCUGACAGAAUAAAGGUACUUCAUGCAGACAUCUGUACCCAGGAUUCCCUUCUACAAAAUGCUGAUGUUGUUAUAAUGAAUAACGUCUUCGAAUAUUUUCUUGAUGAGGCAGAACAGGCCAGAGCCUGGGAAUUCAUCAGCCAUAAUGUAAGGAAACAAGGAUCAUUAUUAGUAACAGUACCAAGUCUUGAAGAGUCUCUCUCAGGUCUUCAGGUUAAUAUACAGUUACCUUUCUGGGUUGAAGAGGUGCCACUGAAUUAUGAUGUGUACCCAGAAAAGGACAUCGACAGGGAAGCUCUUGAACAAAUACAUUUAUAUAAGAUUCUCUAGUACUAAAAGAGUCCUACCUAAGUGUAAUGUUUUUUGAGUAUAUUUAAAAAUAAUGAAAAAGACAUAUAACCCCAAUACUCUUAACACAUAUUUUUUCUUUGUA